AUGUGCGGAAUCCUAGCUGUGCUCAACUCCACGGAUGAUAGCCCGGCGAUGAGGGCGAAGGUGCUGGCGCUUAGUCGUCGCCAGAAGCAUCGUGGCCCCGACUGGUCGGGGAUGCACCAGUUUGGCAACAACUUCCUGGCGCAUGAGCGGCUUGCGAUUAUGGAUCCCAGCUCGGGCGAUCAGCCGCUGUACAACGAGGACAAGUCUAUCGUCGUGACGGUGAACGGCGAGAUCUACAAUUAUAAGGAACUGCGCAAGGAGAUCUCUGACAAGUGCCCUGGCAAGAAGUUCCGCACCAACAGCGACUGUGAGGUGAUCAGCCACCUGUACGAACUGUACGGCGAGGCAGUUGCCAACAAGCUGGACGGCUUCUUUGCCUUUGUACUGCUGGACACUCGCAACAACACCUUCUUCGCGGCGCGCGAUCCGUUGGGCGUCACCUGCAUGUACAUUGGCUGGGGCCGGGAUGGCAGCGUGUGGCUGUCCUCCGAGAUGAAAUGUCUCAAGGACGACUGUGCGCGCUUCCAGCAAUUCCCUCCCGGCCAUUAUUACUCGUCCAAGACAGGCGAGUUUGUGCGGUACUUCAACCCCCAGUUUUACCUGGACUUUGAGGCAGAGCCGCAGGUUUUCCCCUCGGUGCCCUACGACCCCGUCACGUUGCGCACGGCGUUUGAGGCGGCCGUGGAGAAGCGCAUGAUGAGCGACGUGCCCUUCGGUGUGCUGCUGAGUGGCGGUCUGGACAGCAGCCUUGUGGCCUCUAUCGCGGCCCGCAAAAUCAAGCGGGAGGGCAGUGUGUGGGGCAAGCUGCACAGCUUCUGCGUUGGUCUGGAGGGCAGCCCCGACCUCAAGGCAGGUGCCGCUGUGGCUGAGUUUCUGGGCACCGACCACCACGAGUUCCACUUUACAGUGCAGGAGGGCAUUGACGCCAUCUCGGAGGUCAUUUACCACAUCGAGACGUUUGACGUGACCACGAUCCGCGCCUCCACUCCCAUGUUCCUGAUGAGCCGCAAGAUCAAGGCCCUGGGUGUCAAGAUGGUGCUGUCCGGAGAAGGCUCGGAUGAGGUGUUCGGGGGUUACCUCUACUUCCAUAAGGCUCCCAGCAAGGAUGAGUUCCACAGCGAAACGGUUCGCAAGCUGAAGGACCUGUUCAAGUACGACUGCCUGCGAGCCAACAAGGCCACCAUGGCCUGGGGUGUAGAGGCGCGUGUGCCCUUCCUGGACCGGGCAUUCCUGGAUGUGGCCAUGUCCAUUGACCCGGCGGAGAAGAUGAUUGACAAGAGCAAGGGCCGGAUCGAGAAAUACAUUCUCCGGAAAGCCUUCGAUACGCCCGAGGAUCCAUACCUGCCUAAGGAGGUACUGUGGCGCCAGAAGGAGCAGUUCAGCGACGGCGUGGGCUACAACUGGAUUGAUGGGCUCAAGGCGCAUGCUGAGAGCCAAGUCAGCGAUGAGAUGCUCAAGAACGCCGUGCACAGAUUCCCGGACAACACCCCGCGCACCAAGGAGGCCUACUGGUACCGCUCUAUCUUUGAGAGCCACUUCCCGCAGCGUGCUGCUAUGGAGACGGUGCCGGGUGGUCCCUCAGUGGCUUGCUCCACCGCGACAGCCGCCCUGUGGGAUGCAGCGUGGGCCGGGAAGGAGGACCCGUCGGGCCGCGCCGUGGCGGGCGUUCAUGACGCUGCUUACGAGGAAGGCGCGGAAGCCAAUGGCGAGCCCGCAUCCAAAAAGCAAAAGGUCUGA